AUGGGAUUUGCUCCCUCAAAGCAGUUCAAUACAGACUCUUCAUACAAACCAUUCGAGGACCCUGAAACUUUCCGCAAGCGUUUCGGUCCGGACACCAAGCUGACAAUCGCGAUUGGCGGCUGGGGGGAUACCUCUGGAUUCUCGGAGGGAGCCAAGGACGAUGCCUCGCGUGAGAAAUAUGCCAAGAACGUCGCUGCCAUGCUCGAGUCCAAUGGAUUCGACGGCGUCGAUAUUGACUGGGAGUACCCUGGUGGUAACGGCCAGGACUACAAGGAAGUCCCGAACUCUAAGAAGGUGGAUGAGAUCGAAACUUACCCCAAGUUCCUUGCAGCUAUCCGCAAGGCCAUCGGCAAAAAGACACUUUCCAUCGCUGUCCCCGGUCGUAAGCAGGAUUUCAUCGCGUUCACCAAGGAGCAAGGUCCCAAGAUCUUCGAGUCCGUGGACUACGUCAAUGUUAUGAGCUACGAUCUGAUCAACCGCCGCGACAAUGUUACCGGUCACCACAGCGGUGUCCAGGGAUCCCUGGACACCAUCAACGAGUACCUGUCGAUCGGUGCUCCUGCCGAGAAGCUUAACCUUGGUUUUGCAUACUACGCCAAGUGGUUCACUACCGAUCCCGAGUCUGACUGUGAAGAAAACCCUCUCGGCUGCAAGAUGGCCAAGCUCGAGGAGGACGAUGGAACCGACAACGGCAAGUCUGGCGCAUUCACCUUUGAAGCCAGCAGUGUUGCCGAGCCUCCCAAGAAUUUGAAGACCACUACCAAUGGAAAGUGUGGCUUCGCCGAGGGAUCCAAGUGCCCCGAAGGCCAAUGCUGCAGCACCUACGGCAACUGUGGCACCGGUGAUGACUUCUGCCAGGCUGGCUGCCUGUCUGACUACGGCACAUGUAAAGGUCUCUCGAUUACCGACUCCUGGCGCAAGGCCCAGAAGGACGGCAAGACCGACGAGCAGGGUGGUGGCCAGUACUACUUCGACAAAGACUCCAACAUCUUCUGGACCUGGGACACUCCCGCUAUGAUUGCGCGCAAGUUCAAGGAUAUUGUCGCCGAGAAGAAGCUUGGAGGAGUCAUGGCUUGGAGCUUGGGCGAGGAUACCUACAAGUUUGAGCACCUCCAAGCCAUGCAGAAGGGACUUGAGUCUCACAAGACAAAGGAUAACUAG